AUGUGCACAGGGCAGAUUCUUUCAUUUGUGACCCUCGGAAACAAAUCCCAUUGUGCGCUGGUCGCAACGGCCAUGCAUCUAAACGGCCGCCUGGGGAGGCUAUCAUCUUGGAACCCUUCUGGCAGGGCGGCUCCGAGACAUGCGCUCGUUGAAUCUCUCGCUGGUCCUAGAAUGGACCAAGUAGACUUGUCGGGUUCACCAUUUGCGGUACACAUUCACCCUCCCGAUUGUGGACAUCCAUUCGAGGCAAGUCGAGGGGUAUUGUGCUACCUCAUUCACUCGAAGCAGUAUCCUCCGUCUCUUGCGUGUUCCGCGGGCGUAGGAAGACACAGAGUCCCCAGCCACAUGCGGGCAAUCUUGCGUUUUCUGAAACAUCUCAUAUGCAUGGAAGAUGCGCCCUCCCGAAAAUUCAGUGCCUGCUGUCAGAUUUUAUUUGGCCGCGAAUGGGAUUGA